AUGCCGCAUCUCGCAGGGCUAUUGAAUCGCGUCCAAACGUCAACUGCGCCACCAGAACUUGAGGAUCUAGAGGGCAAAGAGACCCCAGAACCAAUACCAAAAGAUGAGGGCAAAGACUUCCCACUGAAGCUGAACAUCGUCAUUCAAGUCAUCGGAUCUCGGGGCGAUAUCCAACCGUUCGUUGCGUUAGGAAAAGAGUUGAAGGCAUAUGGACACCGCGUACGGCUAGCAACCCACCUCGCUUUCCGGGAGUUCGUACUUGACGGCGGGUUGGAGUUCUUCAAUCUCGGUGGUGACCCCGAGGAACUGAUGGCGUUCAUGGUCAAAAACCCGUCCCUACUCCCCGCAUUCAGCACGAUUCGCAGCGGUGCCAUCCAGAAACGUCGGCGCGAAAUGAAGGAAAUCAUAUACGGGUGUUGGAAGUCAUGUAUCGAAACAGGGGACGGUACAGACUUGCACCAAAUCAAGGAGGAUCUCUGGAGCGACACAGUUGACUAUCGUCGAAGGCCGUUUAUUGCUGAUGCAAUAAUCGCUAACCCGCCCAGCUUGGGUCAUAUUCAUUGCGCACAGAGGCUGGGGAUUCCACUUCAUAUGAUGUUCACAAUGCCCUGGUCAGCUACACAGUCGUUUCCGCAUCCUUUGGCCGUUAUCCACCAGCAGGCCUGCAAGCCAACGGUUGCAAAUCUCGUGUCUUAUACCGUUGUGGAUAUGAUGAUUUGGGAGGGAUUGGGAGACCUGGUCAACUCGUGGCGGAAGAAGUGCCUCGCACUAGAUCCGUUAGAUUCGAUCACGGCGCCGAAUUUGCCUGCACGCCUCGGCGUUCCGUUCUCAUAUCUGUGGUCGCCGGCAUUGUUGCCAAAGCCACGCGAUUGGGGUGAGCACAUCGAUAUUUGCGGGUUUAGUGUGCUACCAGCAAAGUCAGACUACAAACCCCAAAAAGAGAUCGAUGAUUUCCUCAAAGCAGGGCCCACUCCGCUCUACGUUGGAUUCGGCUCUAUUGUGGUAGAAAACCAAAUCAAGCUAACCCAAAUCGUGUUUGAAGCGAUAAAAAACGCCGGCCAGCGUGCAAUCGUCUCAAAGGGCUGGGGAAACCUCGGAGUCGACGGCAUGGACGUGCCAGAUAAUAUCCUCGUCAUUGGCAACGUACCACAUGACUGGUUGUUCCAGCACGUGUCAUGCGUGAUUCAUCAUGGUGGUGCGGGUACCACUGCUGCAGGGCUUGCUCUUGGACGUCCGACAAUUAUCAUUCCCUUCUUUGGAGAUCAACAGUUCUGGGGAGGAAUCGUUGGCGUGGCUGGGGCGGGGCCGACGCCUGUGCCUUACAAGCAACUCACAGUCGAGAAGUUGACUGAUGCUAUCCAGACAGCGCUGAAACCUUCAACUCGAGAGAAGGCGCAAGAAAUAGCGAAUAAAAUGCGGAAAGAGUCCGGUGUGAAGGAUGGGGUACGAAGCUUUCAUCGGCAUCUCAACUUGAAGACUUUGCGAUGUGCAAUAUGUCCCACUCGUCCUGCUGUGUGGCACAUUAAGCAUACUUCCAUUGGGCUCAGCGCUUUUGCUGCAGCCGUACUGGUUGAAAUGGGGGCUAUCAGACCAGAGAAUGUCGCUUUGAACCGAGCAUCGGAAUACGACACAUAUCGAAAUCCUGUAGGCCCUAUCAGUGCAGGAGCUCAGGUGCUAGUUGGAGCCAUUGCGAACUUUGUGACUGGGAUUGGCGAGGUCCCAUAUGAAGUCGUUUCGGAUUUUCUCACCGCCGGUCGUGCAAUAGGUCAUAGUCGUGAAUCUAGUAAUGCCUCAUCAAGAUUUUCAUGGAGGAAAUCCCGCAGAAGUCAAGAUUCAGUCGUGGAUAGUGAUGAGGAGCAGUAUCAUGAGCCUGCGGAGUAUCAUGGGCCUGCCGAGUGCCGUGGACUUGGCCGGUCAAAUGACGAUGAUGAUGAGAUGAGCCUGGACACAAACGACAAUGAGAACGAUAACGUGAGACACAACAAAAUGAACGAUAAUUUACCAGCUAGUGCCGCUGGUCAGAGACAAGGCAUGCCGGUUGACCAGUCAGAAUUGUUGAGCUAUAUAGAGUCACCCAAGGGCCAUGGUGUUGUCUACGAAAUACGCACUCACGGCAGUCGGAUGUCGAAGAAGUUCUUGAAAGACAUACUCUGGCUUCCAACGGAUUUGACUCUCAGCUUGUCCAAAGGGUUUCACAAUGCGCCGAUGCUGUACCACGACCCAAUGGUCAAAGAAACGCCGAAGGUUAUCAGUUUCCGCAGUGGACUCGUGGCAGCUGGAACGGAACUUCGCGAUGGAUUUUACUACGGUGUCACGGGCUUGGUCACGCAGCCUCAGUAUGGUGCCAAGCACCAAGGAGCGAAAGGAAUGGUCAAGGGAAUUGGGAAAGGGAUUGGCGGUGUUUUCCUCAAGCCACCAGCAGGUCUCUGGGGACUGGUUGGAUAUCCAUUGGUUGGACUUCGCAGAAAGCUUCAAAAAUCGUUGGGCAGGACUCAGGAGCUUUCUAUUAUUGCAUCUCGGAUAGCGCAAGGCAUUGAAGAUAUGCGGGCAGCUACCGCCGAUGAACGGGUAGAGGUUGCCAGAAAAUGGCGUCUUCUUGAAGAGGAGUUUCGUGUCUCCUACUGA